GGAAAUUUAGUGAGAGUUGAAAUUUGGAAUUGGAAACGUCAACGGACGGAAAUUUUGAAAAUAUUAAAAACAAAACGGUUUUCCACGAUUUAAAGGUGUUUAUCUGCAUGGGUGUGGGCAGAAUGUGGCGCGAGUGUACGGUUGUGUGUUCGAAGUCUUGAAACGCAAUUAAUAAUUUCCAAUGAAAUAAUGAUGAAUUGUAAUAACAACCCUUCAAACGGUUAAGAAAAAUAAAUUAAAAAAAAACGGAAUAACGGUGAAUAUUUAAUAGAAUUUAAUGCAUUUUGCAAAGCUAGACGUCAUCGACGCCGUUGUAAUUAAUGUGUUAAUAUACAUGCGUUAAUGUUAUAAAAUAUUUAAAAAGAAUAAAAUACACAAGGCGUCAAUGUAAAUGGUUCGAAGUGAGAACUACUUUUGUGAUUACUCAAUUUUUGUUUUUGUAAAUGGUCAAAUGUCAAAGUGUGAAAUAAAUUUGGGAAAUUUUGAAAAUUAAAACAAAUGAAAAUGGUAACACGGGCCUCUAGCGUACCCCAACUGAACAACAGCAGUGGUGGUAGCAGUGGCAGCGGCAGUUACAAAGGCUCCAGUGGUAGUCGAGGUCGUGUCGCUGCCAGGACACGUCGCUCCACAGGUGGUGGCAAGUCUGUUACCCCAACAUCCCGAAGUCAACCACAACAUGUCGCCACAUUGCCACGUUCCCGCAGUCUCAUAAACAACAUGAGACGGGUUAGCCCGCAAAAGUCCACUACAGGCAGUUCAGGAUCUAGGAAUACACCAGUUUUUCUGCGUUCACGUGAAAAUGAAAUUGGCAGUGCUGAUACACUGGAAAUUGUGGCCUCAAAAUCAGCUGGAACGGGUAGUGAACCAUCAACGCCAGAGGAUAACAUAAAUGUUGUGGUACGCGUUCGACCGCUCAACGAACGAGAGAAAAGAGAUCGACAUGGUUCCAUAUUGCAAUUUCCCGGAAAUGGUCAAAUUAUAAUUGAGGGCAGCAACUCGGCCAGAAGUCGUAAUCGUGAAAAUGUCCGCGUAUUCACCUACAAUGUCGUCUUUGAGCCUGGCGCUACCCAAGAGGAUAUUUUGGAUUAUUCUGGCAUCAAGCGCAUCAUUGAAAUGGGAAUUGAGGGCUUCAGUUGUACAGCAUUUUGUUAUGGCCAAACGGGUUCGGGUAAAACGCACACAUUAACCGGUCCACCAGAGUUGUUUCUUGGCAAGCCGAAUCACAAAGAUCCGCGACAUGGUCUUAUCUUCCGAUCGUUUGUGUACCUCUUCCAGUUGAUAAGGAAUCGUCAGGAUACAUCCUUUGUUUUAAAGGCCUCAUUUAUGGAAAUCUACAAUGAAAGGGUUAUUGAUUUGCUGAAUCCCGGUUCGCAGCGCAAACCCUUGUCCGUGCGAUGGUCAAAGAAAUCGGGCGGAUUUUUUGUGGAAAAUCUAUUCACGGUCGAUUGUGAAGAGUUGGAUGAUUUGUUGGCUGUCCUGGAGGAAGGAAUGCGGAAUCGUGCCGUUGGCUCCCAUGCUAUGAAUGAUCAUUCCUCCAGAUCACACACCAUACUCACUGUGCACAUAAUAUCCGAGCAACAAACUGAUGGUGGUGUGUUCCUAUCCAAACAUGGAAAAAUCAACUUCGUGGACUUGGCGGGAAGCGAACUAACCAAGAAGACAAUGAGCGAGGGAAAAACACUGGAGGAGGCCAAUAACAUUAAUAAGAGUCUUAUGGUUUUGGGUUACUGUAUUGCCUCGCUGAGUGAUAGUAAGAAACGUUUCGGCCACAUACCCUAUCGUGAUAGUCAGCUGACAAAACUGCUAGCCGAUAGCUUAGCGGGCAAUGGUGUCACCCUGAUGAUAGCCUGCGUCUCACCGGCCAAUUAUAAUUAUGCCGAAACUUUGAAUACCCUACGUUAUGCGUCGAGGGCGAAACGUAUACGCACCAAACCGGUCAUUAUGAUGGAUCCACGAGAGGCGCUGAUUUUAAGUCUUAAACGUGACAUCAAUGCCCUGGAAAUGGAAAAUGAACAUUUGAAGGCUGCCCUCCAUUAUCACCACAACACGAUUAAGGAGGCCAGCAUGAGUGCGGAGAAUAGUGCCGAAUUGACCGAAAUACCAAUGGACAAUGGUGGUGGGCCAAUACCGAAAAUAAAUUUGGAACGUUUGCCCGAAUUGGAUGGCAGUGAGCUGGCGGAAUUGGUCAAAUUGUAUAUGCAAGAAAAUGAAGCGUUGCGACAGGAGAAUAAUCAUUUGUUUACGGUGCGAGAGACCAUACUGCGUGAUCAGGAAAUUGUUUGUCGAGAAAAUGAACGUUUGCUCAAGAAGCUGGAAGAUGUCAAUAAAGUUUGUGUUCGUUCUCCUUUGAUUCCGGCCAGGGCGGCAUUGUCUUCAGCAUCCGGUAGUGAGACGCCGGGAACUGAAAUUUGGACCAAUCCCCAAGAUUCUCCAGAUGAAAGAGAUCCCAACGAUUUGCAGGGACGCAUAUCGGAAAACAAUGAAAAACGUACGGACGAGGAACAGCGUAAAAUUGAUCAAGAUCGCAUUGCUCGCAAUAUCAUAGAAAUGGCCAAUAAAUUUCCAAGCAGGAAUUCCAAAGAUGAAGGCACCAACACAACUUUACCGGCCAAUGCAAAUGAUGUCAAUACCGAUGUCAAUGGCUUUUUGCCAGACAUGUUAACCUAAUGUCAUAUUAUGGGAAUGAUUUUGAUCCAAUGGUUUCAGAUAUAUACAAAUGUUGAACUCUAUUCAUAUUUCGUUAUUAAUUUAAGUGCUUAAAACAUAUAUUUAGUUAAAAUAAAGAUAAUAAA